GCCCCGUCUCCGCGGCCCGUUUCCUCUCUCCCUAAAAUCCUUUUUUUUAACCCCCCUCGCUCGCUCUCCUCUUCUCCCCUCCCCCCUCGCUUGCUCCAUCGCGCGCGGCCCGCGCUAAUUACACCCAACCACCCACCAGUGUCCGUGUCCCCCGGGUCCCCCACCUCCGGGCCCACGGGGGAGGUGUGGGGGGGGCUCUCGCCCCGAUGAGGGCCCCGCGCCCGUGAGCGAGUGACCCCAGGGGCGGGCUGCGGAGAAAGGCGGCGAGCGGCCCGCCGAGGCCUAGGCCGCGCGGCCUACGCGGAGGUCGGCGCAGAGGAACUAUGGAGGCCGCGCCCGGGACCCCCCCGCCGCCACCAUCAGAGUCGCCGCAGCCGCCAUCGCCGCCGCCGCCAUCAACGCCUUCGCCUCCUCCGUGUUCCCCCGACGCCUGCCCGGCCACCCCGCACCUCCUCCACCACCGCCUCCCGCUCCCUGACGACAGGGAAGAUGGUGAGUUGGAAGAAGGUGAAUUGGAAGAUGAUGGGGCCGAGGAGACCCAGGACACCUCCGGAGGGCCUGAGAGGAGCCGGAAGGAAAAGGGGGAGAAGCACCAUAGCGACUCAGAUGAGGAGAAGUCGCACAGGAGACUGAAGCGGAAGCGGAAGAAAGAGCGGGAGAAGGAGAAGAGGAGGUCGAAGAAGAGGAGGAAAUCCAAGCACAAACGCCAUGCUUCUUCCAGCGAUGACUUCUCGGACUUCUCAGAUGACUCGGAUUUCAGUCCUAGCGAGAAGGGGCACCGCAAAUACCGAGAGUACAGCCCCCCGUACGCUCCGUCCCACCAGCAGUACCCCCCGUCGCACAGCACGUCCUUGCCCAAGAAGGCCUACUCCAAGCUGGACAGCAAAGGCUACGGCCUGUACGAGGACUACGAGAACGAGCAGUACGGGGAGUACGAGGGCGACGAGGAGGAGGACCUGGGCAAGGAGGACUAUGACGACUUCACCAAAGAACUGAACCAAUACCGGCGCUCCAAGGAGGGCAGCAGCCGGGGCCGAGGCAGCCGAGGCCGUGGCAGGGGGUACCGGGGUCGAGGCAGCCGUGGAGGGUCUCGAGGCCGAGGCAUGGGCAGAGGCAGCCGCGGAAGGGGCAGAGGCUCCGUGGGAGACCACCCGGAGGACGAAGAAGAUUUCUAUGAAGAGGAGAUGGAAUAUGCAGAAAGUGAGGAGCCGAUGGGAGAGGAGGACUAUGACGAGUACUCCAAGGAGCUGAACCAGUACCGCCGGUCCAAGGAUGGCCGAGGACGAGGCUUAAGUCGAGGCCGUGGCCGGGGUUCCCGAGGUCGAGGGAAAGGGAUGGGCCGGGGUCGUGGUCGAGGUGGCAGCCGAGGAGGAAUGAACAAGGGCGGAAUGAAUGAUGACGACGAUUUCUAUGACGAGGAUAUGGGCGAUGGUGGCGGGAGCUACCGGAGAAGUGAUCAUGACAAGCCUCACCAGCAGUCUGACAAGAAAGGCAAAGUCAUCUGCAAAUACUUCGUGGAGGGGCGGUGUACGUGGGGAGAUCACUGUAAUUUCAGCCACGACAUCGAGCUACCAAAGAAGCGAGAACUGUGCAAGUUUUACAUCACCGGGUUCUGUGCCAGGGCUGAGAACUGCCCCUACAUGCACGGUGAUUUUCCCUGUAAGUUGUACCACACGACUGGGAACUGCAUUAAUGGUGAUGACUGCAUGUUCUCUCAUGACCCCCUGACGGAGGAGACCAGAGAGCUCUUGGACAAGAUGUUGGCUGACGACGCAGAAGCAGGCGCUGAGGACGAGAAGGAAGUGGAGGAGCUGAAGAAGCAGGGCAUCAACCCCCUGCCCAAGCCGCCCCCGGGUGUGGGGCUCCUGCCCACCCCACCUCGGCCCCCCGGCCCCCCGGCCCCAACCUCUCCCAACGGCAGGCCCAUGCAGGGCGGACCCCCGCCCCCACCUCCGCCCCCUCCCCCACCCCCUGGCCCCCCCCAGAUGCCCAUGCCGGUGCACGAGCCGCUGUCCCCCCAGCAGCUGCAGCAGGACAUGUACAACAAGAAGAUCCCCUCCUUGUUCGAGAUCGUGGUGCGGCCCACGGGCCAGCUGGCUGAGAAGCUGGGCGUGAGGUUCCCUGGACCCGGAGGACCCCCAGGGCCAAUGGGCCCUGGGCCCAAUAUGGGCCCCCCGGGGCCCAUGGGGGGCCCAAUGCAUCCCGACAUGCAUCCCGAUAUGCACCCCGACAUGCAUCCGGACAUGCACCCCGACAUGCACCCCGACAUGCCGAUGGGCCCUGGCAUGAACCCUGGCCCGCCUAUGGGACCCGGUGGCCCCCCAAUGAUGCCGUAUGGUCCUGGAGACUCUCCACAUUCUGGAAUGAUGCCCCCCAUCCCGCCAUCCCAGAACUUCUAUGAGAACUUCUACCAGCAGCAGGAGGGCAUGGAAAUGGAGCCAGGACUCCUCGGGGAUGCAGAGGACUACGGGCACUACGAAGAGCUGCCGGGGGAGCCUGGGGAGCACCUCUUCCCCGAGCACCCUCUGGAGCCCGACAGCUUCUCUGAGGGAGGGCCCCCAGGCCGGCCGAAGCCGGGCGCCGGUGUCCCCGACUUCCUGCCCUCAGCCCAGAGGGCCCUGUACCUGAGGAUCCAGCAGAAGCAGCAGGAGGAGGAGGAGAGAGCGAGGAGGCUGGCUGAGAGCAGCAAACAGGACCGGGAGAAUGAGGAAGGUGACACUGGGAACUGGUACUCCAGUGACGAGGACGAGGGCGGGAGCAGCGUCACUUCCAUCCUGAAGACCCUGAGGCAGCAGACGUCUAGCAGACCCCAGGCUUCCGUCGGGGACCUGAGCAACAGUGGGCUGGGGGAUCCCCGCCUCCAGAAAGGACACCCCACGGGAGGCCGGCUGGCUGACCCUCGCCUCAGCCGGGACCCCAGACUCACCCGCCACGCCGAGGCUUCCAGCGGGUCUGGCCCAGGAGACACAGGGCCCUCCGACCCUCGGCUGGCUCGCUCCGUGCCCACCCCCAAACCCGAAGGCGGCCUUCAUUCCAGCCCUGCAGGCCCCAGCGGCACCAAGGGGUCUGGACCACCCCCUACGGAAGAGGAGGAAGGGGAGCGGGCCCUGCGGGAGAAGGCCAUGACCAUUCCCCUGGACCCUCUCCCGGGACACCCGCUGCGGGACCCGAGGUCACAGCUGCAGCAGUUCAGCCACAUCAAGAAAGAUGUGACCCUGAGCAAGCCGAGCUUUGCCCGCACCGUGCUCUGGAACCCCGAGGACCUGAUCCCUCUGCCCAUCCCCAAGCAGGACGCGGUGCCCCCGGUCCCUGCAGCCCUGCAGUCCAUGCCCACCCUGGAUCCCAGGCUGCACCGUGCCGCUGCCACGGGGCCCCCCAACCCCCGACAGCGCCUGGGCACCUCCACAGACCCUGGCGCACCCGGCUCCAACCUGCCUGACUUUGAGCUCCUCUCUCGCAUCCUUAAGACGGUCAAUGCCACGGGCCCCUCAGCGGCCCCGGGCUCCAGCGAUAAGCCCAGUGACCCCCGAGUCCGGAAGGCACCCACUGACCCUCGGCUCCAGAAACCAGCAGACUCUGCUGCCUCCUCCCGGGCUGCUAAGUCUGGUCCCACCGAAGCUUCGUCUCCUGCCGGCAGCCCCAGCGGGGAGUCCUCCCCACCAGCCACCGCCCCCUACGACCCCCGAGUGCUGGCUGCCGGUGGCCUGGGCCAGGGCGGCGGGAGUGGGCAGAGCAGUGUGCUGAGUGGCAUCAGCCUCUACGACCCCAGGACUCCCAACGCCGGGGGCAAAACCGCGGAACCGGCUGCUGAGGCAGGCGCCCAGCCCAAGGGCCCCGAGGGCAAUGGCAGGAGCUCUGCCGCUAAGGCCAAGGAGCCCCCAUUUGUCCGCAAGUCCGCCCUGGAACAGCCGGAGUCCGGGAAGCCUGCUGCGGAUGGGGGUGCUGCCACGGCCACGGACAGAUACAACAGCUACAACCGGCCCCGGCCCAAGGCUGCUGCGGCCCCCACCACCACCCCGGGCGCCCCGCCAGCAGAGGGCGCCUCGCCCCAGCCCGGCGUGCACAACCUGCCUGUGCCCACGCUCUUUGGGACUGUGAAACAGACGCCCAAGACGGGUUCUGGGAGCCCAUUUGCUGGCAACAGCCCAGCCCGCGAGGGCGAGCAGGACGCAGGGUCCCUGAAAGAUGUUUUUAAAGGCUUUGACCCCACUGCCUCCCCCUUUUGCCAGUAG